AUGGGGAAUCUCCUCAUCGUCACAGUCACCAUCUUCGAUCGGCGCCUCCACACCCCCAUGUACUUCUUCCUCAGAAACCUGUCCAUUGUCGACCUCUGCUUCAUCACCGGCAUCUUCCCAAACGCCGUCCUCAACUCCUUGAUCAACCACAACUCCUUCUUGGGCUGUGCCGCUCAGGUCUUCCUGGUUGUCCUAUUUCAGUUCUUCUAUGACGUCCCCACUGUGCUGAAGAUCUCCUGCUCCGAGGACCAUGACAUCAAUGAUGUGAGCGUCACCGGUGGGCUUGUGUCUUACUCCCCCUCGACCCCGGACCUGCUGGUGUCCGUGUUCUACAGCAUGGUCUUCAAGGCCUUCGUAGGGCAUCUGAGAAGUGAAAAACGAUCCAUUUGGUGCAUGCAAACAAUUUCGAGGUUUAAUUCCCAUAAGGUCUUCAAGGCCUUACAAGAGAAUGAUUUAGGUGGUCCUAUCAUGAUGCUCAAGGGCAUUUUGCAGGAGAUUCCCAAAGUUUCCACGGUGAGGGAAUUCCUCGUGCUGCGAUUUUCAGAGAUCCGGGAGCUGCAAUCCAUCCCCUUCCUGAGCUGUGUCACAAAAGUCUUCUUAGUGGUUUUCUUCGGAGCUGCAGAAUACUUUAUACUCAUGGUGAUGUCGUUUGACCACUACACCGCCAUCUGCCUCCCCUUGCGCUACGACGUCGUCAUGAACAGAGUGGCCUGUGGGAAGAUGGCUGCUGCCUCGUGGCUCGCCUUCUCCAACUGCCUUCUAUACCUCGUCGUCAUCACUCUUUGUGUCAUAACUUGUUUCUACGCUUACGUGAAGCCACCCUCAGAUACCCCUUCAGAACUGGACCUGUUGAUAUCCGUGUUCUACAUCAUGUGCACCCUGCUUCUACACGGUUCAAAGCUCGGUGUUUCCAAUACAAUGGAAGCAAUGUGA